AUGUACCGCUCCGAAAUUUCCAAGCCUCAGCUAGAGAAUCCUAAUUUAGUGGACAGAAUAAUUGUUAUCAUUCUGCCAAACUACUUUUAUGAGUAUGAAGGAGUCUUAAAACAUCUCAGAAAGGAAAACUUUGGUAUCAUAGAAAAACACGUGAAGCACUUCAAAGCUGACGACGUAAUGGAAUGGAAAAGUGCAGAUCUAGAGUCUCAAGAUAUUUGGGAACUUUCGGAUAGAUUGAGCGAUGGCCCAUGUAUGCUUCUCUUGUGCCAACGAGCCAAUGCUUUUAUAGAAAUGAGAGAAGUCGCCAGAUAUCACAACGUUAUCGCACACAGAAUGAGUUCAAAUGACGGAAUCUACUUUUCCAAGACUACCAUCGCCGCUUAUCAUGACACUCUUUUCUUCUUCCCAAAAUAUAUUGAUGAAAAGGCGAUUCUCAAACAUGCGAAAGAUUAUCUAUCGGUUGAAGUCUGGCCUAAGCUGAGCCAAGGAUUAGCUCGUCUUGCCGUUGAACGACCAGAUAAUCCGAUUAAAUGGCUGGCCGAGCAUCUGCAACAAAUGCGUUCAUGA